AUGGAUGAGACUGGCGUAACUACGGUUCAGGAUACCUACAGAAAAAAAUAUAGCGCCUAUAUAUACUAUAGGGGUCGAAAACGUAUAGGAGCAGUCACGUCAUGGGAAAGAGGUAAAAACCGUCACUCACCACAGCUAGAAAAAGACGGUCCACCAGGAGCUGUCUACACAUGCUCUCAUAAUGGUUGGACGAAUUCAAGCAUAUACAUUAAAUGGCUGCGGCACUUCAUUGAUUACUCAAAACCCACCACUGAACAACCUGUUGUACUGAUUAUGGAUAACCACAAUAGCCAUUGUACAUUCGAAGCCUGGGAAGUGGUUAAAGCCAACCAUGUUGUAAUGCUUUCCAUUCCACCUCAUUCAUCACAUCGGUUACAGCCUCUGGAUGUAACAUUUUUUGGGCCGUUCAAGAGAGCCUAUAACAAGGAAUGUUUAUGA